GUGGCGAUGGCGGGAGCACGAGGAGGAGGAGGAGGGGAGGCGGAGGAGGGAAGAGGAAGGGAAAUUGGUGGAGGAGGAGGAAGAGAAGAGAGAGAAAGAGGAGGAGACGGCGAAGAGGGGCUGAAGGCGAGAGAAUUUAAGGGCGCCCUGUCCCCGUCUUUGUUCUCGUCGGAGAUAGAAGCCAAAUGUAUUCCUGCUGUGUUCCGUGGUUGUGUGAAAGAAUGGGCGGCGAUAACCAAAUGGAACCCGUCGAAAGGUGGUCUGGACUAUCUACAGGGUCUAGUAGGUUCAUGUGUUGUUGAAGCAAUGGUAUCCAUGUCAGGCCCAGUUUUCUAUGGGGAUCUUAAAGGCCAUGAGAGGGUUUGUUUGCCAUUCUCUAGCUUCCUUAGUCAUUGUAAAAGGUCACACACAGUUAUAGAAGGCGGUGGCAUGUGCUCUGAUCAUUCAAAUGAACAAGGGGAAGGGAAGGUGGUUACUAACUUGGAUGAAUCAUGUGCAGGUUUAGGCGAACUGCCUGCUCACAUUUACUUGGCUCAGGUUCCAGUUUUAAAUAGUGACAAAGAGAUUUCUCCAAUACAAGCUCUCCAAGUUGAUUUUGAAAAGCCUGCGAUCUUGGAGUUCAAGUCCUUGUCAGCCACCAAUUUCUGGAUGAAUAACACCUUUUCUAGAUCAAGUGGCCACUAUGAUCCACACCAUAAUCUUCUGUGCAUUGUUACUGGUCGCAAGCAAGUCUGUUUGUGGCCACCUUCUGCUACCCCUUUUCUGUAUCCAAUGCCUCUACAUGGAGAGUCUUCUAAUCACAGUGCUGUAGACAUUGAACACCCGGAUCUUUCAAUCCAUCCAAGAGCCAAAUUUUCUAGCAACUCUUCCCAUAAAGUAUCCCUAAGUGCUGGAGAUGCACUUUUUAUACCUGAAGGCUGGUUUCACCAGGUGGAUAGUGAUGACUUGACUAUUGCAAUCAAUUUUUGGUGGCAGUCUGAUAUAAUGUCUGCGAUGGUGGAACAUAUGGAUGCAUUCUAUUUGCGCAUCAUUUUGAGAAGACUGAUGGACAAGGAGAUGGAACGAGUAUUGAAUCAAAGUUUUGCUGAUAGCCCGAAGUAUGUAGAAAAGCCCUAUGAGCAGACACACAAUGAAAAGCAAGAAGCAGGUACUUCUGCCUUAUAUGAACCUGAAGAGCCAGAACCUGUAACUUCUGUGUCUAGGGGCACUAAUCUACACACUGAUCACAACGUCUACGAUGGACAUACAAGUCAGAAAGAUCAAACAGUGGGCAUACCAUUUGGCCAAUUAGAGCCUGAGGCAUCACAUAUUCUUUGUCAAUUGAUUUCUUUGGUGCAUGAGAAUGUAAGUCUUUCUGGUCAAGAUGGGUUGGUAUAUUCAGAUAAUCUUCAAAGCAGAACUACUGAUUUGGUUGGUGAGACUCAGUCCGAAAGCACUCCAAUGGUUAAUAGUGUCAGAGACUUCUUUUAUGUUGAGAAUGAUCCUGUUGCUUGCAUCCUCUGGUCAGUUGAGCCUUCAGGGCUCAGAAAAAUCUUGCAAGUCAUGGCGAAAAGCUUUCCAAGAACAUUAGAAGCCCUUGUUUUGCAUAUGCUUUCUCCAGCUGGAGCAGAAAUUUUGACUCAAAAGUUCGAUGAGAUGGACAAGAAAACCACAAAAGAGGAGCAGUAUGUAAAAGUACCUUUUGCAGUGCAUUGUAUUGAUACCCUGCUUUCAUUGAAUGAGUUUUAUAGCCUUCUCUAUGGUAUUUUCGAUGAUCGGAGUGCUGUAAUGGAUGCCAUCCUAAAUCGGAAAGAAGCAUUUGGCUUUCAGGUACUGAGGAACGUGCUGGAUCAGCAUCUGGGGGUUAUAUGUGAUAGACCUGAAGAGUCAUCUCAAAGACGCUGAGUAUAGCACCGCAGCCCUCUCAUUUUCUCAACAUUGUGGCUUUACGAGGUUCAUUUGUGAAAAGGAUGGUUAUUCAUCUCGCUGUUGCCAGGGUGCACUUACAUGGAUGGCUAUAAUGGCGUCUAAGGUGCAGCCCUUCCGAAGUAAAAUGCUGAUAAUGUAUAACAUCAAUAGUAUUCCGUGGCAUCUGGGUAACAUUUCCUUUUCUCCUCUUUGUGAUCACGAAAGGAAACCUACCCAUUUCUUUGUACAUGCUGGAGGUGCCGAUCCUGCACGUUAGGUUGCAGCUUCUUCGAUCCUUUAGAUUUGGUUAGAAGGUUAGGGAUAAUUGGGAGAAAAAAAAAAGGAACACUGUUGUAUUUCAUAGCGGCUCCUGUAAGUGGUGGCUAAAACGCUGUUAAA